UUAAGUAAAUUCUGGAAAAACGCUUCGUUUUUGCAAAAUGACGCCUACAUUUGUAAGAUAUUCAGUCCGCAUCCCUCUCAUUCAUCUUAUCCAAACUGGCCUUUCCAGCGACGGCGGAGCACGAGCAGGUGAGGGGCGGCGCCCUUUCAUCGGACCUACAACCGCGGCGGAGGAGAAGGCGGACGUCGUGGGCGCGUGCUUGAGUAGCACCGUCCCGAGCUCGCCUCGCUCCGCUAGGUCUUUUCCCGAGCGGGAUUCGCCGCUCACGGCCAUCAGUGGUGACCUUAAGGCCUCACCAUGGCUAGGGUUUUGGGCGCCUCCGCACUGGCGUGGCUCCGGCAUCUCUUCUCCGACGCCCACCGCGCCCCCACACGCAGCUCUGUCUCCAAGAUGUUGCUCCUUAACCAGGUGGCCAUGGGAUGUGCAGGGUAAGGAUUGGAUGCUUGAGGAAGGAGGGGUCGACCUUGCCUUGCUGCAGCUCGGGACACACCACCAUACAUGGGCAUCCUCCUUUCUGUCUUUCAAAGUUAACUACCCGUGGAGGUUUGAGGAAGAGCUCGCUGGGAAAAUUCGUUGGUGGGCUCAGUCGGCGAACGACAGAGACACUCUGGCAAGGUCGAGCCGCCGGCUAGGCUUAGCCAAAAGGAGGGCUCUCUGGAGGGGGCAGCAAGGGCAGUAACUGGCAACACGAAUGGGUUACCAUGUUGCAAUGAAGGGCGUGGGCUUAUGGGUCUUGACUUGUGAGUCAUGCUUACUGGGCUAAGGGCAUCUGAUAUUUUCUUGAUUCUGUUCCAGCACAAUCCACAGCUUUAUGAUCAGUAGAUGGGAUGACUGUUGUAAAUUAACAUCCUCUUUCGCAUUGGGAGAGAGGCAUGGUAGUUAUUUUGUAUUGCAGCUCAAAACUGGUAAACAUCACUUUUCCUUUGAAAAGAUGCAUUGUGCUCAUC